UAGGGAGAGUCGACACUGAGCCCCUCAGCUCCGGCCCCUGAGCUGGCUCUGCCCUUGGGGAUGCCGGGGCUGAGGGCUCCAACCCCCGGAGAAGGAAGAUGCUCCAGACCAGCAACUACAGCCUGGUGCUGUUCCUGCAGUUCAUCCUGCUUUUCUACGACCUUUUUGUCAACUCCUUCUCGGAGCUGCUCCGCACAGCCCCCGCCGUCCAGCUCGUCCUUUUCAUCAUCCAGGACAUUGCUAUUCUCUUCAACGUCAUCAUCAUCUUCCUCAUGUUCUUCAACACCUUCGUCUUCCAGGCCGGGCUGGUUAAUCUCCUUUUCCACAAGUUCAAGGGGACCAUCCUGCUCUCGGGGGCCUACCUGGCGCUCAGCAUCUCCCUCCAUGUCUGGCUUAUG